AAAAAACACGCGGUAGCUGAGUAAAUACGCUUCUCAACUUCGUUAAAAUGGCUUACCUCCGCUUCAUGUUAGCUGCUUUCCUAGUGUCUCAAGGAAUAGUAGAUCCUCUCACAGUAGCUGCAGCUCCACUUGGGCUCGAUACUCGCAGCCCUGACAAGGACGCGAAGAACAUUGACACGGACUUUGCCUAUUUCGGCUUCCGCCGCGACCGAGAAGACGAAGGUGUAAAGGCUCGAGAGGCUGAAAAGGACGAGAAGAACAUUGACACGGACUUUGCCUAUUUCAACUUCCGCCGCGGCCAAGAAGACGAAGGUGUAAAGGCUCGAGAGGCUGACAAGGACGAGAAGAACAUUGACACGGACUUUGCCUAUUUCAACUUCCGCCGCGACCAAGAAGACGAAGGUGUAAAGGCUCGAGAGGCUGACAAGGACGAGAAGAACAUUGACACGGACUUCGCCUACUUCAACUUCCGCCGCGACCAAGAAGACGAAGGUGUAAAGGCUCGAGAGGCUGACAAGGACGAGAAGAACAUUGACACGGACUUCGCCUACUUCAACUUCCGCCGCGACCAAGGAAAGAAGGAUGAAGGUCCUGCUCUAAAGGAACGCAAGCCAUGGGAUGCCGAGAAAGACUUCGCCAACUACGAGUUCUAAUGCGUGCGGUUGAGAACUGAAGUGAGCUGUCUAGUGGCGUCACUUCAUGGGUUGAAACGAUGGUAAUAGAUGGAACGGUGAAUAAUACGAACCGACUUGUCGAAUUAUUUUGCGGCGUCUUCAAUCUCAGUCUUUACUCGAUCCCAAUCAGCGCUCUGCUGUUCAUUAUGUUCCAUGUUGCAAAUGCCAUUUUUCUACGUGUUCAGGUAAUUGGUAUGAUGUCCAACAGGCAAUCGUAGUUUCCAACGUUUCUGCCAACGCUUUUCUGCGCGCACGUACAAUUUUCUAGUCUGUUUAUAGCCUUUUGAUAGACGUUGCAAGUCUUCAAACCUUG